UCUUCUUAACGAAUCGUUCGCGAACGACACAAUACUAUUCACCAGUAGCCUACAAAUUUUGUUGAGUAAUGUCGCAGGUCUAAGUUAAGUCGGAAUCAAAAUAAAAUGCACGUACUAUUUGAAAAAACGUAUUUUGGUGUAUGAGGUGUAUGUUAGUAUGUUGGAGCUCUGUGGUGUUGCCGCUCCUCCGCACAGUGACCGCUGAGUGUUACGUUUAGGUGCGGUGCGCUCUCCGCUGUGCCGCUGCUGCUGCUGCUGCUGCAGGGGGAGCGUCCGUCCUCAGCCUGCAGUGCUGCGAUGUGCGGCCGCUUUACUUGUCUCCUGGCUGCUCCACAUCUAAUACCAUUUGAAGGACCACUGAGGAGGAGGAGAGUCAUUAAAAACAGGAGCGACCUCCAUGCAGGCGGGAGGUGAAACAGCUUUCACUGCGCGUCUUUGAAACUGAGGUGAGCCCCCCCAGAUCCAAGGGUUUGACUGUCCUAAAAAUAACAGGCCUGUUUCUGUUUCCUUAUUUCUGUCGGUAUUUCUGGCACUUGGUGAAAAUUGGACGGUUUCUCUUCUGAAGAAAACACGAGGAGAAAAACACACUGUGGAAAAUUUGGGAGCCAAGUAUGACUGAUUGACGAUAAACGCGUGUGAAUACUGGAUUUGAGGAGAUAUGUUUCAGCAUUUAAGGAUCGACAGACAAGAUUUGUGUGCAUGAUUUUUCCUGUUGUGUCUUAUUUUCGUCAAGGUAAGCUCUAGGCCCGUCUGAGGGAUCGUGUUAGGCUAUCUGCAGCCAGGCAUUGGUGUUCGCUGGAUAGAUAAAUCCGUCUAUGUUACACUUUGACAUUUUCUUAUGUUUGAGGAUGAUGGCUGGUAAAGAGGGUUCGCUGAUGCGGAGCAAAAAUGCGGUGAUUUAAUAUGCAUUUCUCUGAAUGAGGCAACAAAUCUGUCACGCGCACUUUGGGAGGGACCCAUGGAGCUGUGCCCAUGUAACUAUAGCAUGUUGUCCACAGUCAUCAUCCUUACCUCCCCAUAGGCCUGUUUGUGGGUUCAUUAAAAUCAGCAGAGCUACAUUGUUUUAGUCUGAUUGGCCUCUAGACAUUCCCUCAGAUUUCACAUCAUGUCAUGCAAUUUCUUUAAUGCUUACACAGCUAAUUAUUGUUUUAGCCACUAUGGUUAAGGCUUAAUUCACGAGACAUAAACUAAUUUGGUGUUAGAUACAUUUGGAUUUGUCUUUAUUUAGUUGUUUAUGACACAUGUUCUUCUUAUCUGUCCAAUCCUUCUGCUUUGAUUUGUUAAACUUGCUGCUAGUGUUAUCUUGGAGAUAUAAACACAACAAUCUUGUUUUGGCUUUACUGUCUUUUUAGCUUUUGUUAUACUUAACGUCUUUUCUUAAUUAACAUUUCAGGCCUGUUAUUGUUUUAUCUCUUGCUCAUUUCUUUUGUUUUAUUUUAUCAUUACUAUUAUUAUCAGUAUUACCCAUAGACUGUAUAUGGCAUGGACAGCGUCUGCCUCCUUGCUGGGUGAAGCCACGCUGAGAACAGCACCCUCUUGUGACAGGCUAAAGUAUAGGUCAUAAAUCCCGCCUCCGCCAGCAAAGUUUAUGGAGCUGUGGACAAACUUUAGAAAUUUAUUACACAGAACACACAUUUUUUCCCCCCCUGAUUGCGAUAUUAACAUGUUGUUACAGUAAGACUGGUUGUGCUUAAGUCCUCUUUUUUUCUGUACAGCUCCGUUUUUCAAAGUUAUUAGGGGGUUCAUGUUUUCUAUGAUUGACACCUGAUACAGCCUAUGGGCGUACGGAGAUUGCAUCGCUCACCCCGGGGUACGCUGUUUGAGCCGAGCGUCAUCACAGCGACUCUUGGCGACUCUCCCACUGAAUGCGUACAACGCUACUGCGCAGUGUUGGUUUCAGGAAAUGAAGAGAAAACGCGUAAAUACGGAGAGCUUUUUGGCUUCAAAUCCAUAUACUGGCAGAAGGCGGAACCAAGUUCUCCAUAGUAUAUACAGUCCAUGGUAUUACCUGUUAUUAUUUUAUUAUCAUUGUUGAUUUUGCCUUUUAUAUUUUACUACCCUGUGUCUGCUUUAGACCCCCCUUUUAAUUGCAUUUUCCUUUUUCUUAAUUAUUUUAUGUUUUUAUUUUGGUCCUCAUGGUCUCAUUUCAUGUUGCAUGGUUCUUGUAUUCUCUGGUUUCUUCAAUUCCGUUUUAACUGAGCUUUUUGUUUUUAUCCUUCUUUUUCCAUAUGCUUUAUGACUAUAUGUCAAAGCACUUUGUUAUUAUUAUUAUUAUUAUUAUAACAAUAUUCAAUUUGAAUUUCUGUUUAUACAUUGCCAUAAAUCGAAUUAGUAGAUUUAAAUAUAUUGUAUUUGCAUGUUUGUUUGAAAAAGAGAUAUAAUCCCUAACAUGAAGGUCUGGUCUACACUGUGAAUUUGUCAUUUCAUGGAUGAGUUUUUUAGCUGCAUUAAGCUGUGUAAGGAGUGACAGUUGUUUCCCACACCAAAACUGUUUCCUGUGUGAGAUGUUUAAAGACAGGUCCAAAACGGCUGUGUUGAUUGGCCGUUCAGUGCUGAUCCUAUACUCCUCAUCCUAUACUCUCCACAAUUGUUUUUUUCCCUAACUUAUCACAUAGCAAUAACAUUUUCUUUGGAGAUAAGGCCUUUUUAUCUUAUCCUGGUUCUAAGAUAACUUAAUAAUUUUCAUUUUUUCAAGAUGGGGACGGUGUUCACUCAUUUCUGUGACUAUCAACACGGUUUCUGGAGAUGCAGGUGCCUUCAGAGGAUACCCUUUCACUGACUGGAUAAAGGCAGCUAGGUACAUUAUUUUUCCUAAAUACUUUAGGGCUGACAUCAUACAAAAGAAGUAACUUGAAUAAUUUUCAUCAUUAAGUAUGAGAUUAUAUUUGCACAAACCAUCAAUACAUUUCAACUGUGACGUGUUUGUAGUUAAAAAUCCAAAGUUAGAUGCCCAAAAAGAAAGAAAAAUUGUUUGUUGCUUGGUUAGAUCAGAUUGCUGCGGUGUAUCUUUAGAAGAAGAACAUAAGUCUGGGAUUUUUUGACUGCACAACAAUCCCAGCUCUUGUCUUAUAAUCAUACACACACAGGAAAUAGACUUUUUUGUCUCGUCUGUGCUGGAAUGUCAGAGAAAGAGUUCAUUGUACUGAAAAAGUUUCAGGAAAGUCAGACAUCUGUUCUCGAUAGUGAUAGUGCUGACAAAGAAAAGGGAGGAUAGAAGUCAAGAGGAAAACAAAUUCCAGAUGUUUUAUUUCUUGCUGUAUCAAUGCUCCUCUUAGAGCACGUGUACACCAGCUGAUGUCUAAUACUGUAAAAUGUGGUGAGAGAUUAGGAAUGUGCAUUAAGAAGCAGAGGAUUCAAAAACCACACUGCCGACUGCUUGUUGUCAUUGUGGUUACACUCCUGAUACCAACUUUUACAGCAUUGAGAAAAGCCUCAUUAAUAUGUAUGAUACUCUGUACAGUAUGGUUUCCCAUUUGGGGAAUAAAUGCUUCCACAUCUAGUGUUUAUGGACCCUUCCAUUUCUCUGUCAUUUUUGGUAAAGUAAAAAAAAAAAAACUAAAGAAUGCUCUGCAGCUCUGGGGUCAUGGUGAUGGUUUCAUGACAGAUACUUAAAAGACUGUCUUACAUAAUCAAAAAAUAUGUUAUAAAGUUCAGCCAAAACCAGCAGGCAGCAACAACAGUCUAAAUUUAGUUAAAUCAUGUAGCUAGAAUUUCAGCUGAAAUUGCUUCCUCUGUUUCCCUGGAAAGUGAGGAUGUGCUGAGGUAUGGAAGUGGGUUAGUAACACAGGAUAUUCAAGUCCUUUAAAGGUGGUCACUGGAUUUACUCAAGUUAGACACACAAACAUUUACAAUAAUAUAUAUUCUUUAUAAUAUAUAUAUCUGUAAUACAACACUUUCUCCUGACCAAGUAAUUUGAUUGGACAAGGGGCAUUCUUUAAGCAUCAAUAUAGGGUACAACAGCUCUAGGACUUUUGUUAAAGAGUGAAUUACAGCUGUGCAGAUAUUCAGUACAACAGCAUCACCUCUCAUGAGAUAAAGGAUCUUUUUCUGUUAAAGGAACAAUUAUUGAAUACAGAACAUUUUGAAACGUCUAUAUACAUGUGUCAGGUUUUAGGAUGCGCUCCCUGAGAAAGACUGUGUUACUGGCCAUCCUGGUGUCUGUGGUGCUGGUUUUGGCUCUCCUCCAUUCAUGGCCCACCCGAGCUUACACCACAGUGGAUGUUUGGCAGCGACCUGGGCUAAUAGUAGAAAGACACCUUGAGGAGAAGCUGCCAGAGCUAGACCACCGGUUAGACCACAUCCCUUUUCAUGUGAGGGACAGUGUGGCAAGGUAGGGGUCAACUUUUUUCUUUUCUUUUCUUUUUAAUCGGAGCUCAUCUCAUUCCUGACUGCCUCACUGACAUUUACCUCUGAUCCAUGCAGCUUGUUGGCACGUAAUGGGUGUGUAUGUGAAGGUGAGAGUGGAGGAGUAAACCUGCCCUUUGCCCAGCUCUUAUUCCCGCGAGUGUCGGCUCACCCACUACACACUGCAUUCGAGGCUUCUGAGCUGGAGGAUAUAAAGAAGAGACGGGAGAAAGAGUACAAGAGUUUCCAGAAAAGGUAGUAACAUAUUGACUGAAUGUGCUAGUUUUACUCAUAAGAUAGUCAUCUCUGGAUCAUUUUCUAAGAAGUUUGUGUCCCUUUCUUUCUGAGAAACUAAAAUAACCCAGAACACAGCAGCAGUGUUGUAAAGGACAUCAGAAUGGAAAAUUUUUAUUAGUCAUGUCAUGUCCUCAUAUUGGCUGCCUUUAAGCUUGAAACUCUCAAUGCUUUUUCCACACCACGAUUAUUUCCAUCCAAGAACAAAUCACAAGAUGACAAGGAAUGUUAUUGUAAGCUCCUGUUGAACUCAGUUCGAGCUUUUCCAAAGAGUAAAACAGUCCAGCUAGGUUUUAAGCAUACAUGUGUUACAUAUUCCAGCCCAUGCUUGUGGGUGGUUGUUGUGAUUAGAGCUCAGUGUGCAUCUUUCUGAUGAGCCAUUCUUUCCCUCAGGUCACAGUCACCUGCAGAUGUUCUCAUCAUUGCAGAGGCAAACAAUCCCUUUCAGUAUCCAACACAGGGGGUCGAGGUACGACCCCUGAAAACAAUCAUCAUCCCAGGUGAGACCUCAGACAGAGUGAGGCAGCCAAAACUUACAUUACAGUGAUAAUUUAAUUGAUAGAUUACUAUGUAAAGGGAGUGGUCACAAACAUGGUGAUGUACUCAGAGCAUGAUAUAUUUAGAAGACGAACAGAUAAGUGUGAAUAGAGCAGUCACAAAGAAAAACAUCACCUGGAAAAGUUACAGAACCCUUUUCUGCAAUCAUUUGAAGGUAAAAAUAAUAAUGUGCUUGUGAAAACUGCAAAAAUGACAGAAUAUGCUAAUCAAAAGUUUUCACAGUUUUCACUCAUGCCAGCCUGGAGUGAAUUACAUAAACCCCUGUGUUGCACUAAGUAUAUUUGUUGUCAUUUUCUUUCAGGUUUGGCCUUACAUGACCUUACCAGAGACCAUUACUCCGUAAGUAUUUCACAUUGUUCAUCAUCAGUGAGUCAAAUUCUAGCUAUCUGUUGUCUUUGUAUUCAUCUGCUUUUCUGUGCUGCUGCAGAUAAACAUCACUGCCACGCUGGGAACUCUGAAUGUGGCCGCAGAGGUAGACGGGGUGAGAAUCAAAGGUGAUGGCGAGAUGCACAUGACUCUGUCCAGUGUCCUCCUGCCCAGCCUGAACCGACAGCUUCAGUUUGUCACCUAUACGAACACGCUGUUCCACCCAAGCACUGCAGACACAGGUGAGGCCUUAAAAGAAUCAAUCUUUAACCUUAUCUACUUUCUUAACUUUUUUAUUUUCCCUUUUUUUUGAGUUUUUUUAACAAUCAUGAGGGAAAUUCCCAAGGUGUCCAGGUUUUGGAUUGAUAAUGUACAUUUUAUCAUCUUUUGCAUGAAAAGAGUUUAUGCCAGUUUAAAAUCCGGAUCUUUAGCAUCUAGCUUUUACAGCAGGACAGAUACUUGUGUUGAUUUGAAGCAGAUACUUGAGGCUAUGGAAAAUUCACUGACGCUUGUGUUAGUGUUUGCUGUUGGUCAUAAUCAAACCUCUGUAAAAAAAAAAAAGAGUACGUGGACAUAAAUUAGCAUAAUAAGAACUAACUUUAAGAACAGCCACCAUGUCUGAAAAGUCAUCUGAUGUGCAUUGGAAUUUAAUGGCUUGACCUACGUUCUAUUUGUUGGCAGCUGGGUUUUAUGACCUAUACCAUAGUCUGUCAGUAGAGGGAGCCCUAAAUCUUUUUGCUUCACAAUCAGUGAACUCUUAGGACAUUCAUUUUUAUCCACUGAGCUAAGGAGAAACAAACUGGACCAAAGGAGAAGAUGUGCUUUUUGUUUGGCUUUGACUUGUUGUUUACUGUUAUUGAGAAUGUAUGUGAUAUUCAACGUGGCUGUGAAGGUCACAGGGAGCCAGCCUGAAGUACAUACAAAAAAAAGUCCUGCAGUAGAAUAUGGAGACUGUAUGACAGUGGGCUAGAUCAUAUUAUAGGCUGCUAACUAGCUUAUGGGCAAUUUCCAUCAGUUCACUUGCUGUUAUCAUCAGGGAAAAUUAUCUAGUUUGAAUACACACUGAAUCAAAUUAAUGUUUUUUUUAACAAAAUAUGGUUUGUUCAAGUCAUGCACUUAUUCAAUCCUCAAAGAAACAAACUUUUUUUGUGUUGGACACCACUUUCUGUGCAUUUAGCAUCUACUUACACCAGUUAAUCUUAUAUUCUCAUAUAUCGAAACAAAACUUAAGUCAGAGUCACACUUUCAGUUUUACCCUGGUUCAGGUGUUUAUGUUAAACUAGGCUACCUGGCUGCUAACUGUAGCCAUGUGGACAUAAGGUUUAGUCUCUUUACACAGCAUAAAAAUGAAACUUUUACUUAAAGUAUUUCACAAAAUACUGAUUAUAGUCACUGUUAAUAAAGCAGAUUGUUAUAACCCAGCUUGUGAGGAGAAAGGAAACAACAUAAAACCCCCAGUUCCUGUGUGUAAAAAUUGUUAUUUAUUGCGAAAAAAAAUAAUGCUGUGCAGUUUAAUAUAAGUUGAAGCGAGGAACAGAGGGAUGGAGAGUGCUGCUCAAAAGAAACAAAUAAACACAACAAAAGGUGACUCUAAACCAGAGCGGAAACAUGUCACUUAUUGACAUUAACUCACAACAGCAGUCAAAACGAAAUGAGGGGUGAGCAGCUCGCUAUCUCUUACAAUUCCACAAAAAAAGAUAUACAAUCAGAUCACCUCCACACACAAAUUACAUGAUUUUCCAAACGAAGGACCUAAGCAAGCACGAGUGUCUGCCCCCUAUAAACAAAUCAUCAGAUUUCAUAUAGCGCUUUAUCAGAGACCCUCAAAGCGCUUUAUAUGGAUACAUCAUUCAUUCACUCACACAGUCACACCCUGGUGGUGGUAAACUACCUUAGUAGUCACAGCUGACCUGGGGCAGACUGAUGGAAACAUGGCUGCCAGUUUGCGCCUACAGCCACUCCGACCACCACCACACAACACUAACAAUCGUACGCCGGUGGAGGACACACACUGGGAGCAAAGUCAAGUGUCUCGCCAAGGACACAACGGACAGACUCAGGAUAGGGGGCGAAUCAAAACCGCCAACCGUCGUGCUCUACCUCCUUAGCUACUACCGCCCCUAGUGCUUGAUUCUGCAGCCUCUUGAGUCCGCCGCUCCUCCCUGAUCGGUCUUGCGGACUCGGUCCAUUAUACGUUCAGUUGGUUCCUGUAGAAGCAACAUCCUCUCACACCAGACUUCCUCACAUUUACACACACAGACACUACCAAACAAGGUAAACGGGGCACACACAUGUACACGUCUAGAGCGGGGGCGUGGCUGCGGCUGUAACACAGACUACUUUGUUUCUUAGUUCAGAUUGUUUCUUUUAUUCCCACACCAGUCUUAACCCUUCAAACAUAUCUGAACUGUGAAACAGGACAGGGGUAAGAAUUCCACCCUAGUACUCUGAUAAAUAGCUUAAAAGUCAUAUUCGUUUUGUCUUUUAGUGCAGCUUGAGACAGAGGGACACCAAGCUGUCUUCACCAUCAAGAUCCGUCAUGGAGUCACACCCAAGCUGUAUAACACAGGAUCUAAAGGAGGUAAACCACAACACUUGUGCAUAAACAGUGUUAGAAAACAUGCCACCGUCAUAAAGUGUAACAUCCGCUUGAAAUAUAAUUAUUUUCACUAAAAAUGGUUGUUUGAUCUUCCUUCUCUACAGAGUACAAUGUCAGCGCUCUUGUUACCAUAGCUACAAAGACCUUUCUCCGCUACAAUAAGCUACAAGAUCUUAUCGACAGUGUGAGAAAAUACUAUCCCACUGUCACUAUAGUAAUUGCUGAUGACAGUGAAAACCCUCAAACCAUCUCUGGGCCUUUCAUCGAACAUUACAUCAUGCCUUUUGGAAAGGUAGAGAGACUGAAGAAGUCUUUCAUUUUUAAAUCUUUGUUGUCUCUGUCCGUGUUUCCUUUUUACUCAGUGCUCUAUGUUGUGUGUCUCAGGGUUGGUUUGCGGGAAGAAACCUAGCCGUCUCUCAAGUGACCACGAAAUAUGUACUGUGGGUGGAUGAUGACUUCAUCUUCACAGCCAACACUAGGUUGGAGAAAUUGGUGGAUGUUUUGGAGAGAACAACUCUUGACCUGGUGAGCAAUAAACUUUCAUCUCUCUCAGUCUGUGUGUUGUAAAAUGUCAGUCACAUUAAUAUGUUUGUUUUUGUUUUAGGUGGGUGGCGCCGUGCGGGAGGCCACAGGUUACACUGCUACCUACAGACAGACCAUCUCUAUUGAGCCGGGGGAGGAGGAUGGAGACUGUUUACACAUGAGGAGGGGGUUUCAUCAUGUCAUUCAAGGCUUCCCUAACUGUGUGGUGACAGACGGAGUAAUUAACUUCUUCCUUGCUCGCACAGACAAAGUGCAGCAGGUCGGCUUUGACCCUCGCCUCGCCAGGGUGGCUCACCUCGGUAAGUAUGACUCAGUAAACCUUGUUCAUGUCAAGGUAUGACUUUGCGUAAUGAGAUGUGCAAGUUAUUAGACAUGUGUAAUAGUUAUGCCUGUUUUUAAGCAUUCAUAACCUCAAUAACAAUUUCAUCAGAGCCUGCACAUUGAUGAUCCUAACUGGCAUUUCUCAACACUUUGAUUAAAGUGUCUCUACUCAAUACAGCGGUUUGACAUAAGGGACUCAAAUGGGCAACAAAAUGUUUUGGCAUCUGAACGAUAAUCUGCUGUAAAGAAAAGGAACAGAUGAAAACACAUUUACACAAUCACCAUCUCUCUCUCUCUCUCUCUCUUAAGUAAAUGAGAGUUCAAAGAUUAAAAUCUCAUCACAGUUUUUGAGAUAGUAUCAUGCCGAGAUAAUUUUGCCAAGUAAAUAUACUGUGAAAUUAUUUCAUCAGCAAGUGCAAGUAUCAGAGAAUCUGAGCUCCACCGUGAUUAAACUGGGUACAUGAAUUAAAUUAAUUUAACUCUCGUUUUAAUUAAAGGCCUGAUAUCUGUUUUCCAACUUCUCUUUGCUCUACAGCGUUGAUAUUCCUCUUUACUCUUUAUUAAUGUUUGGAUUGUUUUACUUUGCAUCAGAUUUCAUGACAAUUAUUUCUAUGAAAAUCAAAGUCAGCUGUAAGAAGAUGGUGAUGAAUCACAAUGAUAUCAACAGUGAUGCCUAUAAUGACAAGACUGAUCAUUUUUAUGCUGUAAUGUUUAAUGCCAGUCACCACUGUGAGGCAGUAGGUCCCAGACCAAAUGAUUAAUGCCACUCUGAAGAAAAAGCUUUCAGAAAACACUGUAAAGGCAAAAAGAUGAGUGGUGUCCCUUUGCCAACUGGAAAACUGACACAAACAGAAAGUUCCUAACAGGAGUUAUGAUAUCAUCUGACAGUAUUUAACCAGUACUUUGAUAUUUAAAACUGUUUUGGGCCUUAACCAUAGACUGUAUAUACUAUGGAAAACUAGGCUCUGCCUUCUGCCAGUUUACGGAUUUGAAGCCAAAAAGCUCUCGGUAGUUCUGCGUUUUCUCUUCAUUUCCUGAAACCAACACUGCGCAGUAGCGUUGUACGCAUUAGGCGGGAGAGUCGCCAAGAGUCGCUGUGAUAACAUUCAGCUCAAACAGCGUAUCCCCGGGUGAGCUACGCAAUCUUCGUACGCCCAUAGGCUGUAUCAAGUGUCAAUCAUAGAAAACAUGAACCCCCUAAUAACUUUUGAAAACAGAGCUGUACAGAAAAAAAGAGGAGUUGAGCACAAACCAGUCUUACUGUAACUACAUGUCAACAUCACAACCAGGGGGGAAAAGUGUAAUGUUCUGUGUAAUAAAUUUCUUAAGUUUGUCCACAGCUCCAUAAGCUUUGCUGGAGGCUGCUGUUCUCAGAGUUGUUUCACCCAGCAAGGAGGCAGACGGCGUCCAUUCUAUAUACAGUCUGUGGCCUCAACACGUAAAAUGUAGUUAAAUGAAGUCACACAGAUCUAAGAUUUGCAUUCCUCUCAUUUGUUGUGAAGAAUUUUACUUUACUUUUUUUAACUCUUUUUUUUGUCUUGAUUUUUGGUUCUAUAUUGCAGGGGAUCUAUGCCUGUCACACACUGCAGCCUCUGUGUUUGGAAACUUUACAAUCAUCUCAAGUUUUUACAAUAAGAUUUAGACUGAAUGAGACUUCUUCUAUCUGUCUGACUUGAAUGUGAAUGGUUGUUUUUCAGAGUUUUUCAUCGAUGGCCUUGGAUCCCUCCAUGUUGGCUCCUGUGAUGAUGUCAUUGUCAACCAUGCGACCAAAAUCAAACUUCCCUGGGUCAGCCAAUCGGAGAGUGACAAGACUUACGCCAAGUUUCGUUACCCCCCGGCCUCUUCUGAUGCCACUCACACAAAAAAUGGCCUCCUGUUCUUCAAGAAUCGAUUUCAGUGUUUGACUCAUAAUUAGCUCCCGUCCUCUUUAUCCUGAGAGUUCCUCUGCUCUUCCUGAGUUGCCAAAGAUGUUCUCUUCCACCUCGUCCCAUCAGCUAAGAUUUCAGACAAACACUUUGGUUUGCCUCUUCCCAGAUCCUGGAUGAGAGAUUUCUGGCUUUCCUGGAUUUCCAGCAUGUAUAUUCAGGGAAGUCAAAGGAAGUUAGAUGUGAUUGAUCAGAGUGGAAAACAUAUCCUCUUGUUUACACAGACUCACUUUAAUCUUAGCAAAUUCUUAAUGACCAUAAGGUAUUUAAGGGAUGCUGCUUUUGUCUGUUGAAUCUUAUCUGGCUUUACAUCCUUGAGUUGUUGAGCUUUGGGGAAAACAUGGUAGCAUCUGUGCAGUCUGAGUCACUUUGUUAUUAUUGGAUGCUGAUGUGAGAGGAGGUUCAUGUGUCCUCUCUCAAUUUGCACUAUCCAAUAAGAAGCUUGGAAAAGCAAUAUUGACAUCAGAGCACCUGUGGACCGGGACGCAGCCUUAGCAAGAACAAAGGGACACUUUCUUAAAAGUGACAAUCCUGUACACACAGAGCAUAGGUAUCCUUUUUGCCAGUGCCACAUGAAGAACGGUCUAGAACUUUUUCAGCUGUGGUACCCGUGCUCAUUGUGCCAAAGGUUUUGGCUGCAGGCUUUGGGGUGUUUUGUUUUGUUUUUAUUCUGGUUUUCCCUCCCUCCUCUUUUACCCAGAGUCCUCUUUGUCAUUUUCAAGUUUAGUCCCAAAAAUCUGGUGUUAGCUGAUUUGACAACAGAUUUAUUUUUGUUGUUUGUUGCUAUUCAUGUUUCAAACAUGGACAGAUGUGGUGCGUUUCUGACCUGCGUAGCUGACGAGAAACAAAAUUGACUGCGUCUUAACAUGCUGCCUAGAAGAGAAGUCGAAUGAACCAAAGUGCAUGUUUAAUUUUCCUUGCUUGGAGAGAAGAAAGUGAGGAUCAAACACAGUUGUCUUGACGGGUGCAGUGAAAGCAUGAUGGCAAACUGACAUGUUGAAGGAAAGUUAGAGUGAUCUGAGAAUGAAAGGAAAAACUUGAGCGACACCCUGUGUGACAAAGUCAACUCUACGAUGAAAUAAAUUCUGUUCCUUUACUCCUCUCUGUGAAGAGGAUGUGUCAGUCACAGACUGAUACACUCAUGCCUAGGUGAUGAUGCUGUUAUUUAAAACAUGGUUUAGAUUAUGCCCUUUUCUCUGUUUUUGGUUUAAUGAGUUAAAUUACUUUUUAAAAGUCUUUGUUCAUUGCAAAAAGGUGCCAGAGAUUUACCCUCAGGCUUUUCUUAACCUCCAGAGAAUACUGUAAAGCUAUUUUGUGCAAUCUUUCAGUUACGUAUUUUUAUGAGUUUUUCUGUUCUGUGUAGAUAAGUCACCAAAAUGCAGCAUCAGCUCUGUGGACAGGGACCAUAUCCAAGCAUUACCACUGACACCUAUAUGAAAAGCUUCUGUGUCAUUGUGUGUUCAAAAAUAUUUCUCAUAUUAGGGUUUGUAACAUUCAGCAGAUCUUAAACUGAGCUGAAUUUUUUAAAGGAUAAAACAACGUUGUUAUUUAUAGUACUACACUGAAAAUUUACUUGCCUGCUUCACCCAUAAAGCACUAUGUCAUCCAGUCACAGAAGUUUUAUUAUUUAUUUCAGGUGUUGAGAAAUAAAAAGGUCUGUGAAAAUGC